CCUUUACCACCGGGCUGCACCACCACCAGUUUGCCAUGGGUAAUGACAUUGCUGCGCUUGUGGUCGACAGUGGCUCCAGCAUGUGCAAGGCUGGCUUUGCAGGCGAUGAUGCCCCCCGGGCCAUCUUUCCCUCCAUCAUGGGACGCCCACGGUACCAGGGCGUCAUGGUGGGCACGGGCCAGAAAGACUCCUACUUGGGUGAUGAGGCCCAGAGCAAGAGAGGCAUCCUGACCCUCAAGUACCCCAUUGAGCAUGGCAUUGUCACCAACUGGGACGACAUGGAGAAGAUCUGUCACCACACCUUCUAUAAUGAGCUACGUGUGGCCCCUGAGGAGCACCCCAUGCUCCUGACUGAGGCCCCCCUGAGCCCCAAGGUGAACUGUGAGAAGAUGACCCAGAUCAUGUCUGAGGCCUUCAACACCCCAGCCAUGUACGUGGCCAUCCAGGCCGUGCUGUCCCUGUACACCUCUGGCUGCACCACUGGCAUUGUGGUGGACUCUGGUGAUGGAGUCACUCACACUGUGCCCACCUAUGAAGGGUAUGCCCUCCCCCACACCAUCCUGCAUCUGGACCUGGCUGGCUGGGACCUGACAGACUACAUCAUGAAGAUCCUCACGGAGCGUGGCUACAGGUUCACCACCACAGCCGAGUGGGAGAUCGUGCAUGACAUCAAGGAGAAGCCCUGCUACAUCACCCUGGACUUGCAGGAGAUGGCCGCCGCCGCCUCCAGCUCCUGCCUGGAGAAGAGCUAUGAGCUGCCCGAUGGUCAGGUCAUCACCGUCGGCAGCGAGCGCUUCUGCUGCCCCGAGGCUCUCUUCCAGCCCACUUUCCUGGGCCUGGAAGCCUGUGGCAUCCACGAGACUACCCUCAACUCCAUCAUGAAGUGUGAUGUGGACAUCCGCAAGGACCUCUACACCAACACGGUGCUGUCUGGCGGGACCACCAUCUACCCCGGCAUCACCAGCAGGAUGCAGAAGGAGCUCACCGCCCUGGCCCCCAGCAUGGUGAAGGUCAAGAUCAUCGUGACCCCCGAGCUCAAGUACUCCAUGUAAUGGGCGGCUCCAUCC